AUGAGCUUAGCUGCCUUCGUUCCUACGAACACGCAGAAGGCGCGGAAUACUGCCGUCGCCGCAUUCAAGCGGUUGUUGGAGGAGGAGAAGGUUAGCCUUGAGUUUGUCGAGGCUAGCAUUCUCUUGGAUACCUCCGGCAGACGAUUAGCAGCGACGAUGGACCGCUUUGGCUUCUACCUCGCAACCAACGAAGGUAAGAAAGGUAAGUUAGCCCGCAACACGGCAACAGCGUAUCAUAGAAAUGCCAAGUUGUGGCUAUUUGACAAGUAUCCACACUUGCGAGUACCUACUGAGUUGAUUUUGCUAAAGCAAGGGAAGACUUUAGAUAAACAUUGCAUGAAACGCGAAAAAGGUGGCUUGAUUAAUAAGGCUCCACCUUGUACUAAGGAGGAUUUACAGUCUUUAGUCCGUUACGUGUACAGCACAGCACGCGUGCACGCCGACUACCAAGACCCAGCACUAGCGUGCUAG